AUUUUGAUCAUUAAUAUAUUUACUUUUUUUUGUUUCUGCAUCUCAGGGGUUUUGUGAGAUUCUCUUCUCCGAUCGAUUCCUAUCUCUCACUCUCCUGGUUUUACAAAGUUUUGUUUUCUUUGUUGAUUGUGUGGAUCUUACGAGGUGAUGGCGAAGCUGAGACAGUCGCAGAGAUUAUUACAGGCGAGGAAAUGGUCGACAUUGAUGCUGGUUCUGUUUAUGCUUUUCAUGUUAACGAUUGUUCUCUUGAUGCUUCUUGCUUUUGGGGUUUUCUCUCUUCCCAUUAAUAACAACGACGAAUCUUCUCCCAUGGAUCUCUCUUAUUUCCGACGAGCUGCAACUGAGAGAAGUGAGGAGGGACUUGGGAAGAGAGGAGAUCAGUGGACUGAAGUGCUCUCUUGGGAACCUAGAGCUUUCGUCUACCACAACUUCUUGUCGAAGGAAGAAUGUGAGUAUUUAAUCAGUCUUGCUAAACCACAUAUGGUGAAGUCAACUGUUGUAGAUAGCCAAACUGGGAAAAGCAAAGACAGCAGGGUGCGGACAAGCUCAGGGACUUUCCUUAGGAGAGGAAGGGACAAAAUCAUUAAGACCAUUGAGAAAAGAAUUGCAGAUUACACCUUUAUUCCAGCAGAUCAUGGGGAAGGACUUCAAGUUCUUCACUAUGAAGAAGGGCAAAAGUAUGAACCACACUAUGAUUACUUUGUUGACGAGUUCAACACUAAGAAUGGCGGUCAACGGAUGGCUACAAUGCUCAUGUAUCUGUCGGAUGUUGAAGAAGGCGGUGAAACAGUGUUUCCUGCUGCCAAUAUGAAUUUUAGUUCUGUACCAUGGUAUAAUGAGCUCUCUGAGUGUGGUAAAAAGGGACUCUCCGUAAAGCCUAGGAUGGGCGAUGCGUUGCUAUUCUGGAGCAUGAGGCCCGAUGCUACACUAGAUCCCUCAAGCUUACAUGGUGGAUGUCCUGUGAUUAGAGGGAACAAGUGGUCAUCUACCAAAUGGAUGCAUGUCGGCGAGUACAAAAUCUAGUGUCUUUGAUUUGCUGGACAGUAUACUGUUUUUUAGACGGGAACCAAAAAUUGGAGGGAAAGAGAGGUGGAUGUUUGUUUAAUUUUGUUUUCCAUGCGGCUCAGUGUAUUGUGAUUCAGAGGUUCAUAUAUAUAAUAUCAGUAGAGAAUACCAAAAGGGAGGGAAUUGUUAGAUUACAUUAGGAUGGCUUAGGGAGAGACAUUGUUGCUCACUGUUAUAUGACCCAUCAGCUUGUGUCUGUCAUUGAGUAGACGUUGUGAAUUAUUAUAACGUUAUUCAAAUAAAAAUGUCA